AAAUAAAGCGUGAAAGCAUCCAGCCGCUCGCUCACGCAGCUUCACUUUGUCGCUUCAGUCUGAGCUUGUGCGGUCCUGUGAACACAACGCGUCGGUACAACGGUUGAAAACGGUAUAACGGUACAGCGGGAGAAAGCUGGGCGCUAGGUGCCAAAUGUAGGAGAAAAUUGCAUGUGCCAUUAAUGUGAAUUGUGCGAAAAACUCGGGCGACUUUCAUCUCCGGCAAGCCAGCUGCUAUUUGCGGGGCCAGAAAAAAGAAACGAAUUUCUGGCCACGUGUUAUCCUCCAGUUCGUUGUGAUUUUCCUAAAUCAACGUCUAUUAUGCAAAUUAACACAAAAACAAAGACUAGGGACAAAAGCAUCCAAUCUCCAAAAAACCAAUAAAAAAUAAAACUUUGAAACUGGAAGAACUCCUUGGCGAUUCUUCCUGGUUUUUUUUUGUCGUUAUUGGUUGCUGCCCCUGCUGCUGCACACAGACAAUGAGAGAAAUUUGUCAUUACACACACUUACGCACGGAGAGCGUAGAACAAAGGCAAAAAGAUAAAUAAGCGAAGAAGAAGAAGAAGGGAGUGCGAGUGAAUGUGGGAGCAGGAUAGUCAUCCGUCUCACUCACGCACUUGACUGAGCAUUAGUUUUUUUGCAAAGAUGGAGAUUUUGAAGGCCUGGUCCCGUUAUCCUUGCCGGCAGCCGCAUAUAGUCGGCAUCAACAUGCUCCCCAUCCAGAUGUAAAAUCCGCAUUCGCAAUUUUUGACAGCUGUCAGCGUGUAUGUGCGUGUGUGCUGGCACAGUUAUUUCCACUUGGCGGCAAGGUCAGCGCGACAUGCAAAUUGAAAAGCGCCGCACGGGCAAAACAAAGGCCAAAGGAUGCCCAGCAACAACAACAACGACAUCUACGGUAGCAACAACAACAAGAACCACAUCAACUAACAAAAAUGUUUGAGAAAUAUGUCGCCACAUAUGUGCGCGCGUGUGAGCAAGUGAAAUUAAAAUUCCCGCAUGCCUAAUGAAUUCGCCCGCUCGUUCGCCGUCCCUUUCCCACAACAGUUAUGCGUGUGUGUGCCAGUGUGUGUGCGUGUGUGUCGCUGACUUCGGAAUGACAAAAAAACAACAAGUAUAGCAGCUACAACUAAAACAAUGGCUUGCUAAGCUGUCUGAUUGUGUGAAAAAAAGAAGGAGAGCCAAAGAGAUAGAGAGAGCGAAAGAGAGAGGGCGAAAGAGAGGUGGAGAACGAACGAAAGCAAAAGUGAAACUUGCAACGAAGGAGUAAAAGUGGAGAGCACUGGGUGCAGGGAACAGGGAUCGGCGGCCAAGCAACGGCAAUCGGGGGCAUGUCCACAGCCAAAAGGCUGGUGCUCUCGCUACGUGGACGCAAGAAUUCGCAGGGCAACUCGGCGACCUCCUCCACCCGCCUGGUAUCCGCCGGCACCUCGCCCGGCCAUGAGCUGGACGAAAUAGCCGUGGUCUCCGGCACCGGAUCCAGCAGUCACCACUUCUCCUAUGGCGGCUGCAUCGCCACCGGCGAUGCGCCUCUGCCGCACUACUCCACAGUUGCCACGCCCAGUUUGAGGCGUGCGACGGCCAUAGAUGGCGAUACAGAUGGCAAUGACAACGAAAACCAUGUCGAUGGUUAUACCGAUGAUGACGAUGAUGAACGAUGGCUGAGGCCUACGGCUCCGGCUCCGGCUCAGAAGGCUCAAACUCCGGCUUAUGCCGCUCACAAUGACAGGCCACAGACCAAAACAACAGUCGCAAUACGUCAAAACAACAGCUGCAACAACAACAGCUGCAACAACAGCAGCAGCAGCAACAGCAAUAAGUGCAACAGCAACAGCAACUACAGAACAGCAGCAACAUCUCAAUCAAACAUUGGCCAUAGAUUAGCGCCGCGGGCCAGCUUCCCGGAGAUCAUGCAGCCACGCCUCUCGCUUAACGGGCUGCUCAACCCCUCCCUGAUGCCCUCGCCCCGCCCCCUUUACCGGGAUCACAGCUCGAGGUCAAUCAACCCGCUGACCGCCUACGAGCAGCAGAUGGCCGAGCUGGAUGGCAGCUUCUAUGCGAGCAACGCCGGAUACUUGGGCGCCGGAAUGGGCGGCAGUGCGGGCGGUGGCACCACCUGCACAAAUCUCACGGUGGGCGGUGGUUCGAGUGGUAUUUCCGCCGGUGGCAGUGCGACGGCUGGUGGUGGUGGUAUUGCAUCGCAUGUGGGUGGCAGUGGCGCUGGUGGAGGUGGCGGAGGUGGCGCCGCCAUACACACAACCGAACUCUCAAUCACACCCACAAUGGCCGGCGAUGAGCAGUUCAUCGAUCUGGGGAGCCUGCGACGCUUUUCGAUCGAUCGCCAGAGCUUUCUCGAUCUAGGACCAAAGUUUGGUAUGACCCAGCCGAAAUUCGGGCAGAGUGUCUCGCAACAAGGUUUCUUCACUUCGCACGACAGCCUGGCCACACCAUGCGCCUCCAGGGCCUCCAACUCGCACAUGGCCACCGUAAGCACUGCCUCAGAAAUGGAUCUUCUGCACAACAAGCAACGCAACAAGUCGCGGGGUCGCCUGAAAGCGGCUGCCAGCGGCGAUCAGCCGCUCCUGGGCACCUGGAACCGUUCCACGGGACGCGGCUCGCAGGAUAACACGCUGGCCGGCGGCGGAGCCACCAGUUUGGCCAUGGGCGGCCACAACCAAUACGGUGGCAACUACUGCAACGGCACAGAUCGCUACCCGCGCUCCCGAUCGCAGCAGCAGGGGCACCACAAUGCCGCCCCACAGGCGCACCACCCCUACCAGCUGCAGCACUCGGCCUCCACGGUGUCGCACCACCCGCACGCACACGGUCCACCCUCACAGGGUGGACCCGGUGGCCCAGGGCCACCCCACGGCGGACAUCCGCACCACCCGCACCACGGUGGCGCCGGCAGCGGGGGCGGCAGUGGGGCCGGUGGUCACGGGGGCCAGCCGCACCACCAGAAGCCACGGCGCACCGCCUCGCAGCGGAUUCGGGCGGCAACGGCGGCCAGGAAACUGCACUUCGUGUUCGAUCCGGCGGGACGGCUGUGCUACUACUGGUCCAUGGUCGUCUCCAUGGCCUUCCUGUACAACUUCUGGGUGAUAAUCUACCGCUUCGCCUUCCAGGAGAUCAACCGGCGCACGAUCGCCAUCUGGUUCUGCCUGGACUAUCUGUCCGACUUCCUGUAUCUGAUCGAUAUAUUGUUCCACUUUCGCACCGGAUACCUGGAGGAUGGGGUUCUGCAGACGGACGCACUGAAGCUGCGCACUCACUACAUGAACUCGACGAUCUUCUACAUCGACUGCCUGUGCCUGCUGCCGCUGGACUUUCUCUACCUGUCCAUCGGCUUCAACUCGAUCCUGCGCAGCUUCCGGCUGGUGAAGAUCUACCGCUUCUGGGCGUUCAUGGAUCGCACCGAGCGGCACACCAACUACCCGAACCUCUUCCGGAGCACGGCCCUCAUCCACUACCUGCUUGUGAUAUUCCACUGGAACGGCUGUCUCUACCACAUCAUCCACAAGAACAAUGGCUUCGGAUCACGCAACUGGGUCUACCACGACUCGGAGUCGGCGGACGUGGUCAAGCAGUAUCUGCAGAGCUACUACUGGUGCACCCUGGCGCUGACCACCAUCGGGGAUCUGCCCAAGCCGCGCUCCAAGGGCGAGUACGUCUUCGUGAUCCUGCAGCUGCUUUUCGGCCUGAUGCUCUUCGCCACGGUGCUGGGCCACGUGGCCAAUAUUGUGACCUCAGUGAGCGCAGCGCGGAAGGAGUUCCAAGCCAAGCUGGAUGGCGUGAAGACGUACAUGCGGAUGCGACGUGUGCCGAAUCAUCUGCAGGUGAAGGUCAUCAAAUGGUUCGAUUACCUGUGGCUUACGCAAAAAUGCUCGGACGAGGAGCGCGCCGUGUCCUGUCUUCCUGAUAAAUUAAAGGCUGAAAUAGCAAUUAACGUCCAUUUAGAUACACUUAAGCGGGUGGAGAUUUUCCAAAACACCGAGGCCGGUUUCCUAUGCGAACUGGUCCUACGCCUGAGGCCCGUACUCUUCUCGCCCGGCGACUACAUCUGCAGAAAGGGCGAGGUGGGCAAAGAGAUGUACAUUGUGAAUCGAGGACGAUUGCAGGUGGUGGCCGACAACGGAAAGACGGUGAUGGCCUCCCUGAAGGCUGGUUCCUAUUUUGGCGAGAUUAGUAUACUCAAUAUGGGCACCGCAGGCAACCGACGCACAGCCAGCGUUCGCUCAGUGGGAUACAGCGACCUCUUCGUCCUGAGCAAGAAGGACAUGUGGGACGUGCUGAAGGAGUAUCCGGCGGCGCGUGUUCGUCUGGAGUCGAUAGCCGUCAAGCGAUUGGAGAAGUACAAGAAGGCCCCGCUGGAGAAAGUCAAAUACUUUAAUGUAGUUGCCAUGGGCCGCUGUCAAUCGACGCCGGGCCUAGUCGAGAGCUGUGGUCGCACCUCGCUCGAGGAGAUGUGGCUGCCACCGGCGACAGCCACCGCAUCCUCGCUGAUGCACCACCACCAGGCGCUCCACCAGCAGCAGCAGCAUCAGGCGGCCCAGCAGCAACACCUGCCGCAUCGGCAGGAGUCGACGCAAACGUCCUCGCAAACACAUGGGUACAGUCCCCGCAGCUACGCCGAUCGCUUGGCUCGGGCCACUGACUCCCCCAGAUCGGUUAGCCCCAGUGCCCAUGGAUCCGAGGAACGACCCCGUAGUCGAACGACCUCGCAUCACUCAAUAAGACCCCAAUCUCAACCCAGUCACACGGGUCACAUAUGCGAUUCCAGUUCGCAGCUGGAGUGCUAUGGGGCGGGAGUGGGCGGGGCUGGAGGUGGAACCACGCCCCUUCUGGGCUCGCACGAAGUUCUGGAGGAUGAGAUCAAGAGGCUGAGGGAACGGCUCCAUACGGUGGAAUCGGAGAAUCAGGCCCUGAACACAAAACUAUCCCAGCAGCAGUGGGACCUGGAGAAUCGACUGGCCGAGAUCGAGAUGCAGAUCUGCGGAGUGUCGUCCACGUCCAGCGUGGAUCCCGAGAAUGAGACGGAGGAGCUGGAACGGAACAGAGAGAGUAUCAUAUAACACGGGAGCGUGCUGCCCCAUCAGGCGAUCGGUAUGGUGUACAUAUCAUGUUCCUCAUGACUCCACGACCAUCAUUGAUCAUCUGACAACUGAGUGCAUCCGGCGAUCGGGCGAUUUGGAUCAUUAAACCGCAUCAUAUCGCAUCUAUCUCUCGCUCCCCCAAUCUCCCACUCUCUAUCUGUCUCGUAUUUGUGUUUCUCCAUCUCUCUCACUCACUGUGUUUUGUAUUUGUGUGUGUAUGUGUGUUAUGCAUGCAUUCCAAAUUGCCUUACUAACAAAAAUAACGAAAAACAAACAUAAUCAGGAGCAGCAGCAGCUAUACAGCAGCAGGAGGAUCAGAAGGAGAAGAACCAGGAGACGGAGGAUCAAGGGCGACCACUCGAAACUGAAACGGGGACCCAGACCUGUGCCAAAUUCUUCUCGCUUUAGGGAACAAUAAAGAGAGAGAUAGAGAGGGGAGGACAGGGCGCCAGAUAACCCCCAAGAUGUGCAAUUAAUAUCUCUUAUGAUCACGCGACACCAAAAGUAAAAUAUAGCCUAAAAAGGCACUGCCAACAAAAUUGUCUGUACAUAGAAAUUGAAGAAAUUCAGAUCAAAAUAUACGCUAAACUAUUGUAAUUGGUUUAGUUAUGCACGAGAGAUCGGAAAAGCUUUAAUAGAUAAUCCGAGAGAACUUUUUCCAGAACCCCUAACAACUUGUUAACCAACACUUACACUUUUUCCAUACUAAACUCAGAAAUAGAUUACGAUUUACAUAGAUAUCAUUAGGCCUAGACGCUCUUCGCUCCUUUUAGUGGUUACUAAACCAAACCAAAACGGGUACUCCCAUUGUAAAUACUUUCGCUCUAGGAUCUUAAUUAGCAUUAUGGUCAAUGACAUUAGUAUGGAUCAUUCGAAAUAAUAACUAAAAGAUUACUUUAACUCAUGAGUGUAACAAAUGAAUCGUAUAUCUAUUGUAAUAUUUGCUAAUUGUAAUUUGAAAAACAAAAUUACUAGAUGUGUAUAUGGGAAACGAUUUACUUUACAACUGAAAAUAAUGCAUAAACAAUUUAUGGAAAACUAAGUGAAUAUUUGCAAAAUAUUUGUACUAUUGGAAAAGAACUGCCAGAGCAUACACCACACACUCGAAAAACUAUAUUAAUAUUAAUAAUAAUAAUAAACAAAAACAAAAACUCGAAGAAAAAAAGCUAAAGACAUCAAACUAUUAAUACAACCAAUAUUAAUGAGUAGAUAUGUCAAAAAGAAAACACUUUUAAUGCAAUAUUAUAUUGUAAUACUGUCGUAUAUAGUAUAUCUACAUUAUACAUGAUCUACAUUAUACUUGAUAUGGUAAAAAUUUAAAGGUCUAAAUGUAUUUAACUUUAGUUAGUUGCCCAAAAGCCAAAACCAAUGCUGAACAUUGUAGUUGAGAAAAAAACAAAGAUUAAUUUAGGCAAGAAGGUUCUGUAGCAGAACGCAGAACGCAGUUAAGGAAUCCCCAUAAUAUGGGGGCUGCGAUAAAGAAGAAAUAAUUAAUUUAGCUAUAAUUCUAGUUAUACCUAGUUAUACCAUUAGAUGUGUACCAGAGAAGACCAAAAAAGAUCGAAUCGCGAUCGAUUAUAAAAAUUGUUCAGUGUCAACUCCCAAAAUAUUGAAAGCCACAAACUGAGUUGAUAAGGAAAUCUAAUAAUUAUAUAGCUAACUCGAAUAAGAAACAAAACUUUACAGAAUGAGCAGGCGUUUGAGCCAGGAUACGUUUGAGUAUCUGCCUAGAAAACGGAAACUGGAACGAAACUCAUUUCAUGCUAACAAUGAUAGGCCAAAAAACCUAAACUCAAAUUUUGUUAGGAUUUUUCUUAGAUUUUUGUCAACGAGGUAAUCCUAUUUUCUAUUUUCUAGAAAACAAAUAGAAGGAAAUUCUUUUUUCAUAUUUUUCAACCUAAUUACUUUUCGGAAUAUCAUAUAACGGAUUAAAAAUUAAUUAAUAAUUACAAUAAACAUUAAAUGGGGUUUCAUCUAAGACAAAGCUUAUACCAAACAAAAAAAGUGUUAAACAAAAGCUAACGAAAACUUGUAAAAGUUUAUCGGAGUUUUUGAUUCCUUAGUUAGCCAAUUAUUGUCAAAGUUAAAGUUGAAUAAUAUAACUAAAUUAAAUUACAUUUUUAUGGCUUAUUAGCACGCUUAUCACAGGACAGAGGCUCUGUCCCUUGUUAGACUUAUUCCUUUUGAUUUUUUCAAUGUUUCCGUUAGAGCGCGUAUAGACAUAUAUCUAUUUGUUAUUGAACGUAAAAUACAAGGAACUACAUCGAUUCGGUUGUGUUGUUGUCGCCAAGUGAAGCAGAAACGGCUAUCGAGUUUGAAUGGCUUACAUAAUAAUAAUUUUUUAAAUUAUUUCAUGCAUUGCGAUCUAUGAAACAAAAAAAACAAAACAAAACAACAACAUUUAUAGCUUUAUUUUUACUAUAAAUUAAUUAAUUAAUUUAUAAGAACUAAACCGUAAAUUAAUUCAGCAUUGACUUCAUAGCAAACACAGAGAACCAGCAUAGUUCUCAGAUCAUCGGGCAAAAAAGGCAUUUUUUAAACGGUCACUAUAAAUCAGAUCAGUUCAGACAAGGCCCCGAUUUGCAGCAGGUAAAUCGAGCUUAUCGUGCGAGAGUUUCAAAGCCGUUUACAUUGCUGAACUACUCUGAAAUCUGAAAAGGGUAACAAAACAAAACAAAACAAAAAAAAAAAAAUGGAAUUAUAAAGUAAAACGACAACAAAACCAGAAAGAAAAACUGAA